AUGGACAGCGAUACGACAACCAUAUCCUCUUUGGAGGCUGAGAAGAAGAGAGGACCAGAUACCGUCCCGGCUUCCGGCCCCACGCCUGCAGCCGAUCUCCAACAUGACGACAAGGUAAACAAAUCCACCAAGCUCGACGCCAAACAGAUCGGCCACGAGCUGACGCUAGGAGAUGAUACAACAAAGUACCCGUCUGGGUUCAAGAUGGCCGUCAUCCUUCUCUCCCUCGUCCUCGCCAUCUUCCUCGCUUCCCUUGACAUGACAAUCGUCGCAACAGCCAUUCCCAAAAUCACCGACGAAUUCAAAGGCCUCUCUGACGUCUCUUGGUACGGUUCCGCCUUCUUCCUUACCAAUGGCGGUUUCCAAUCCUCCUGGGGCAAGGCCUACAAGUACUUCCCUCUCAAGCCCACCUUCCUCGCUGCCCUCUUCGUCUUCGAGCUGGGGAGCCUCAUCUGCGGCGUGGCGCCCACAUCCACCGCUCUGAUUAUCGGCCGCGCCAUCACCGGCGUCGGCGCCGCCGGCUUAGGCACCGGGGCUUACACCAUCAUCGCCUUCGUUGCGCCGCCACGGCAGAGGUCCAUGUACCUCGGCAUCGUCGGCGUUGCUUACGGUAUUGCGUCCGCCGUUGGGCCCCUGCUAGGGGGUGUCUUCGCCGAUAGGGUGUCCUGGCGCUGGUGCUUCUACAUCAACCUGCCCAUCGGCGGGCUGUCGGCCCUAAUGAUCUUCUUUUUCUUCCAAGCGCCGGAUGCCGCGAAACCAACGGCCGCGUCAUGGAGGGAGAAGCUUCUUCAGAUGGAUCUCCUUGGCGUCGCCAUGAUCAUGGGCGCACUUCUUUCGUACGUCUUGGCCCUCCAAUAUGCCGGUGUUAGCGCGACGUGGAAUAGCAGCGUUGUAGUUGGCCUGCUAGUCGGAUUCAUCUUGAUAUUGGUGGCCUUCGGCAUCUGGGAGUACUUUCAAGGCGAACGCGCCAUGAUUGUCCCUCGGCUGUUUACCCAGCGUCCCAUCGGCACGGCCUGCCUCUUCACGCUCUUCUUCAGCGGAUCGUGCUUCCUGGUCAUCUACUAUCUCCCCAUUUACUUCCAGAGUGUCUUCAACGUCAGCCCUACCAUGUCGGGGGUCAACAACCUGCCCCUCAUUAUUUCCAUUUCCAUUGCCAUGAUCUCGUCUGGGGCUUUCGUCAGCGCCACUGGCCUCGCCGCUCCCGUCAUGCUCGCGAGCGCCGCCAUCGCCACGAUCGCCUCCGGGUUGCUCUACACCCUCAGUGUCGAUACGAGCACGGGCAAGUGGAUCGGUUACCAGAUUCUCGGGGGCGUUGCCUGGGGCAUGGCAUGGCAGCUGCCGAUUAUCGUUGGCCAGGCUAGUGCUUCCGCAAGCGACAUCUCCACGGUAACGGCAAUGGUCCUGUUCUUCAUGAACUUUGGCGGCGCUACCUUCGUCUCCGCGGCCCAGGCAGCCUUCGUCAACACCAUUAUCGACACCAUCCCUUCCUCCGCCCCUGCCGUUGACCCCAUCACGGUCAUCGACACGGGUGCCACACAAAUCCGAACCAUGUUUCCGGCUGAUCAGGUGUCAGGCAUCGUCUUGGCAUACAUGUCCGGCAUCAAAGCUGCCUUUGCAAUUUCUAUUGGUGCAACCGGUCUGGCCUGUAUCAUCAGUCUGUUUUGUCGAUGGAAGAGGAUUAAUACCGAAGACACAAAAAGCAGUGGAGGUGCGGUAUAG